AUGGCCGCUACGCUACUAACGAUGAGCACUGGGCUUGCUCCAGGACAAGAUGAGUUUCUUACGCUUCUUAAACCAUCGCUGUCGGACACCUUCCAAGACGACCCCUCUCUAUUCUCCUUUGAUGUCAAGAAUUCUGAUUCGGAGAGAGGCUUAUCAAACGACUACAUCCAGGCUAAACUGGAAAUGGAUAAAUAUCUGACACCCCAACCCCCGGUUCUGCCCGAUUUGAAAAAAUCUCGGCGGGAGAGCGCCUCCGUGGUGGACCAGUUUUUCGGAGAGGACCAAGGCUCUCCCUACAGCAUCAACAUGAAUGUCUACUUGCCAGACAUUGCCUACCUGCGGACGGGCUUGUGCCGCCCCACCAGGUCCAGCAUUACGUGUCAGAUCAAAACCGAGCCGGCGGUCUCACCCUUCGCCCACCCGGAGUGCGCGGGCGCCUCCUCCUCCGCGCCCCCUGCGCUGCCAGAGUUCACCAGCGUCUUCAGCUCGGGCUCGGGUAACAGCCUGGACGCCUCCGAAACCAGCGGAGGUGUUUUUGUUAAACAGGAGCUGCCUUCCUUCGAUCUGCCCCAGGAUGGUCCUCUAUUCCAACUGCUCAACUCCGAGCUGGACAUGCCCCUCCCGGGUCACCAGGGUGACGGCCCGGACGCUCACCCUGCCCCCAUGCAGGCGCAAAUGCCCACCUUCCACGACCUGCACUUAGCGGCCCAGCAGACUGCAGCUAAGCCCUACUGCAGCAUGCAAGGUCAGGGGUACCAGCCUAUGCCCGGCCACUUUAUCCAGCACCAGGGCCAAUCCCAGCAGGUCAAAGCCCCUUACCUUCCCCCUUCACCCCCCAGCUCAGAGCCAGGUAGUCCGGACAGACAAAAGGAGCUCCUGCAGAACCUGACGCCCCCUCCGUCUUACGCCGCCAGUAUCGCCUCUAAAAUGGCGGCACAGGUGCCUUGUCACAAUGCGCCCGCCGCCGUGCGCCCGCCCGCUCCGGCCAUGCCCGUUCGCUACAACCGCAGGACAAACCCUGACCUUGAGAAGAGACGGAUACAUCACUGCGACUUCCCAGGUUGUAAGAAAGUCUACACUAAGUCGUCCCAUCUGAAAGCUCAUCUCAGGACGCAUACGGGUGAGAAGCCAUACAGGUGCACGUGGGAGGGCUGUGACUGGCGCUUCGCCCGUUCGGACGAGCUCACGCGUCACUUCAGGAAACACACGGGGGCCAAACCGUUCCAGUGCGCAGUCUGCAGCCGCAGCUUCUCCCGCUCUGACCACCUGGCCCUGCAUAUGAAGAGACAUCAGAAUUAA